AUGUCCAAACGAUCACGUCCACAACCCAUUACAGCUCCAGCUCCAGAAUCCUUUUUGCCCAGCUUUGACUUUGGCUCUCCGGUCAAGCCACGCUCGGGCGGUUCAAAGGCCUUGCCCAAACGCAAGAUGCCCGACCUCUCAAAGCGUCUCGCUGCAUUCGCCUUUCUCAAUCUAGAGGAUAUCCAAGAAGAGGCAGACGAUCUCCAUGCUGCUCUCAACGCUAGUCCCAUCAGCACCGCGCCCAGCACAAAGGGCGCCCGCUUCUGGGACUUUUCGAGACCAAAGAACAGCUCACAGCGAGCUACCUCUCCAUCCACACCACAAAGUCUCCCGCCCAUGUCCAGCAAGGCUUACGCCACCCUCGUCGGUGGUGGUGGUACGACUCCGUCUAGCGCAAAGUCGACAUUUUCAAAGACUCCCUCGUCAAAGAGACGAAGCAGUGGCUUCUCUCUCGCAUUGGCAGAACUAGACCAGGUCGCCGAAGAGCUCUCACCCCUGAGUCCAGCGACCAACGAGAACAAGUCGCUCGCCGUCGACCUCGUCUCCAUCUUCUCCGUCUCCACGGCAGAAGAUGCGGACAACAAGACCCGCUUCAGCUUCCCCAUGCCUCCGUCCUUUACGCCUCGCAGGGGUUCCCAGUCGCCGCUCGAUCCGGACAUUUCCUUUUCGACUACGCUCAGCAGCACCAGCUCCGUCUCUCCUCAGUCACCCGAGUCUGGAUUCUCCGACUAUUCCUUCUUCUCCCCGCUCUUUUCUGCCGGAUUCGGUGCUCGCACUUUUCUCCCCGCCGAAUCUUUGCUGCCGCCUGUCCCCGAAGUCGCGCCAACCGAGUCCAUCUCUCCACUCGAAAAGGUGGACAUCAGUCCGAAGAAGGACGAGCCCAAGCCCAAGAGGGCGAGACCGACGCGCCCAACACUCGUUGUCCCCCCUGCCGCGCCUCCGCCACACGAUUCACCACCGCCGACGCCUUCAAGCGUGACAUCGCAGAGAAACGCAGCCGCAACUCUCCGUGCUUGCCCCUCGCCCGAGCUCGAUCCAGAACUCUCCGCGCACUCGUCCACGACGUCCAUUGCAUCCGUGCUUGAGUCGUCCGAGUCGGAGAGCGAAAGCGUCGCACCCUCGCCUGCUCCUCCUGUCGUAAAGGAACUCCCACCUGCUCCGAUGCCCGAUGUCUUUGCCAAUUGGGACAUUGGCUCGCCUUCGCGCUCAGACUCGAUUGUCACCAUCACUCAACGGGCUUUCAACGCGAUGCGCCCGCGUGGCUCCAUCUCCAAUAUUGGUGGGAGCUUUAGCACCGUUCGUGGUGGCAGUAUCAGUGCUGGCUCUCCGAUGAGCCGCAAUGGGUCUUGGGGAAGUGGCGAAAUGUACGAUUGGGAACAAGCCAUCGACGACAUUUACCUUCGCAUCUCACGCAAGCCUUCUAUCGCUUCCAUCGCCCUUGCUGCUUCUGCAGAGGGCGCAGCAUUGCCGACCACGUCUCUUGAUGUUGUCGCCGAUACUGCGUUUGUCAUGGACGAUGAGAUGCGCAGGAAGCUCAUGGAGAGUCAAUAUCUUGUCCCUACGCGUCAGGCUCCACGACCUCCGAGCCCGGCUCGCUCGGCCGCGUCUUCCGCGACCAAGUCGACGACCAAGAAGGAAAUGGCCAGCAGCUCUGCAGCAUCAGACUCUGAUUGGGUGUCUGCAUCUGCGACCUCCUCUGCCCGUUCCUCUUUGGAUGAGCAACGACCAAGCCCAGUACACAGCCAUGGGCCGUCGACGCCAGUCUACGAAGAUGAUGCUCCUAUCCAUGCGAUCAAGUCUCGCCCGGCGCCACUCAUCACCUCGCCGUCGUAUCCUCCCGUGAACCCGCUCCGUCUCAAGCGCCCAAACCUCGCGUCCACCCUCACCGUCCCAGACUCCAAGAUGGUGUUGCCACUCGACGUGCAAUCGCCUCGACCUCCACCAACGCAGUCGAUCCCAACAUCGGAUGCGGAGACGUCUUCUGCCAUUUUCUCGCCUAUGAGCGCAACCUCGCCACCGUUUAUGCAGCCGAUUGACAUUGACAACUGGCCGUUGUGGUCGAGCUCUAGUGUCGAUGCAUCGCUCGAGAAGAGGCGAGAUAUCCGUCGACCAAGCGCCAACGGGACGAUGAUCUCCAAGUUUUCCGACGACUCUGUUGAUGCGAGCAAGAAGAAGCGUACAGGUACACCGAAGACGGGGAACCGCAUGAAGAAGAGUUCGCCUACGCGCGUGACCAAGCCUGCUCCUUCUGCACUCAGCCCUGGUAGUGCGCACACGAGCUAUACGUUCCUUGGACUCAAGCGCAAAGCACCGACGAGCAGUGGCAACACGGCCUAUGCAUCGUUCUCGCCCAAGGUCUCCCAAGAGGCUGCUCCUCGUACGAGCUUGGAGAGUGCGCGCAGUGGCUCGAGUGACGAGAGCAAGCGCAAUGGGCUCAAGCGACCUCCCCUCCCUCUCGAGCUCUUCAUUCGAGCUUGA